AUGAUUAUUAUUUUAUUAAUUUAAUUUCUUUUCGUCCUCCUCCUCUGACUAUCUCUCUCUCUCUUUCUUUUCAGUAAUGCCAGAGACAGAGACUCAUUGUAAAAGCAGCAAAAAAAAUAAAAAAAAAUACACACACAUACACAAACGAAUAUUAUAAAUAAUAAUAUUUUAAAAAAUAAAAAAUAAAAAAUAAAAAUAAAAACUCUCUCAGUUUAGAAUCCUGGAAAGCUUUCAUUUUCAUGGAAAAUCUUUCACAUUCUCGGAGACCAAACAGGGUCGUUUCUCAAGCUGCUGCUACACUCAACAAGCGAACGGCAACUAGCAAUGGCGCCAACAGCUUCUCAGGCAGAACCGUGUACGACGACGUUUUCGGUGGUGUGCAGAGAUUCGGUACCGGUGGUGGUCCGACUUUGUCGCCGAGGCCAGAGGAUUACAGCGAGAUUUUCGGCGGAUUUCACGCUUCCCGAGGCGCGUCGAUUCCGGUGCUGGAUCUCCCGUUGAUAGACAGCAACAAUGGGGCGAUGUUUGAUGUACGGAACCCUAGGUUUAACUACGCCGAGGUUUUUGGUGGAUUCGACGGGUCGGACUUUGCUGCUACGUACGAGGAGCUGAUCAGACAAGCCGACGGUAGUGAUCGUCACGAUUAUGAUGGUGAUUCAUCAGAUGAAGCUUGGAUGCAGGAUGAAACUGAGUUUCUGUCAGAAGGGUCGGACCAUUCUGGAAAUUGUCAGUACUUCUCAAAUGGGGAUUAUUAUGAACCAGUCGAUAGCAGUAUGGAGUUCAAUAUGUCGUAUCAUAAAGCCAAUGUUAGAAGCAACAGAGAUAUGUCGAAUGCGGUUAUGCAUGUUGCUGAGCUGCAUGCUGAACCUGAAUAUGCUUAUAUAAUUGAAACUUCAUUGGGAAAGACAGAAAACAAGAAUCCAAUAUUGCAUACGACGGAUGACAUCAAUCUUGAGUUCACUGGAGGAGUUGCAAAGAAAAAACAUCUUCGGAAAACUGUGUCGCAUCCUUCUAACGGGGCUGCUGGUGAGCAAACAUUUGCAUAUGAUUCCACUCAAAGACGAUACCAGGGAAAGGACUCAUGUUCAAAUGAGUCAUUCAUAACAAUUUCUGAAAUCAACUUAAGGACUCAGCCAUCUCAUGUCCCACCUCCCGCUAGACCUCCACCACAUGUCCGUGUCAAUACCGGAGACCAUCAAAGUGUUCAACAUGCUGUUUCUGGAGAGAGAAUGGGUGAUAGUUCACCUCCUUUCUUUGAUGUUGAGAUAGAUGCAAGCUCAGCCGCUGUGGCCUCUGCUGCAGCUAUGAAAGAAGCAAUGGACAAAGCUCAAGCACAGCUGAAGAGUGCGAAAGAACUACUCGAGAGGAAGAGGGAAGGAAUUGAAAACUCUAAUAAACUGGGUUCAAAGUCUGAUGGGAAAGGUAAGAAGGAAAGGACCAGUAAGGCUAUCGAGGGGUCCAGUGAUAUAAAAGAUGACAAAGUUCAGGGCAUCAAGGGAAAAGAAGACAAUGGAACGAAAAUAUCUGUUAGAGAGGAGAGGCAAAAGGCUGUGAAAACCCUGGCACCUGAUUCAAUGGAAGGUGAAAAGCUUUUUAAUGUGUCCAAAUAUUUUGUAGUUGAGAAGCAUGGGAAGGAAUCCCAGUCUAUUGAAGAGUGCGGUGAACUUGAUGGAGCUGAUGAAUGGCAGGAGGAAACUCAAUUUUUUGAAUUGGUUCGAACAGAUAAAUCAAGAGUGGGAUUUCAGCACACAAACACUGAUAAAGUUUUUGUCCAGAGCAUGAAAUUUAAUGAGCCUCAGUAUAAAUCUCAAAAGGCAAGCAUCGGAGCAGUGGAGCAACUGGAAAGUGACAUGAAAGUUGAAGCUGUUAGGGAAGACCAUGAACUGGAGAAAGUCGAGAGAGACAUGAAAAUGGCAAAAGAAGCUAAAGAGGCCCGUAGGCAUAAAGGGCAUGAAAAAAAGUUAAAGUCAGCUCAAGAGGUUGGUGCAGAGGAGAAUGAGCAAUCUAUAACAGCACGGAAACUUUCGGGAAAUGGUAAGAAACCGAAUGGAGCCGAUGAACUCGGAAUACGUGAGAAACGAGUAAAUGCUCAAGAAAAGGAAAAUAAAGUUGAAGUUCAGCGGGCAAUGGAACAGAAAGAGAGAGCACAGCAGGAGAAAGAAAUUAGUAAAUAUAUUCCAAAUCCAAAGAGAGUUGAGGGGUGUCAAGAAAGAGAGGAUGAGGAAAAAAGUUGGAGGGAAGUUUCUAAGCAGGAAGAAAAUGAUAUAAUACUUGAGCAGGUUCUUGUACAAGCAGAGAAUGAGACAAUGCUGAGUGAUGCUGUUCAGCAGGAAGAGAAAGAGAAGAAAUUGAAGGAAGCUCAUGAACGAGAAGAGAGAAGGAAGAAAGAGAAGGAGGCACGUGAACUAGAAGAGAAAGAGAAGGAGAAGAAAUUGAAGGAAGCUCGUGAACGAGAAGAGAAUGAGAAGAGAUUGAGGGAGGAUCGUGAACGAGAAGAGAUAGAGAAGAAAUUGAAGGAAGCUCGUGAACGAGAAGAGAAUGAGAAGAGAUUGAGGGAGGCUUGUGAGCGAGAAGAGAAAGAGAAGAAAGAGGAGGCACAUGAACGAGAAGAGAAAGAGAAGAAAUUGAAGGAAGCUCGUGAACGAGAAGAGAAAGAGAAGAAAUUGAAGGAAGCUCGUGAACGAGAAGAGAAUGAGAGGAGAUUGAAGGAAGCUCGUGAACGAGAAGAGAAUGAGAAGAGAUUGAAGGAAAUUCGUGAACGAGAAGAGAAAGAGAAGAAAGAGAAGGAGGUACGUGAACGAGAAGAGAAAGAGAAGAAAUUGAAAGAAGCUCGUGAACAAGAAGAGAAUGAGAAGAGAUUGAAGGAAGCUCGUGAACGAGAAGAGAAUGAGAAGAGAUUGAAGGAAGCUUGUGAACAAGAAGAGAAUGAUAAGAGAUUGAAGGAAGCUCGUGAACGAGAAGAGAAAUUGAAGGAAGCUUGUGAACGAGAAGAGAAAGAGGAGGAGGCACGUGAACGAGAAGAGAAAGAGAGGAAAGAGAAGGAGGCACGUGAACUAGAAGAAAGUGAGAAGAUAUGGAGAAUGGCCCUUGAACAGAUAGAGAAUGAGAAAAGAUUAAAACAAGCACGUCUGCAGGAAGAAAAUGAGACGAGACAGAGAAUGGUAGGGGAGGCAGUUGAGCAAAAUAAUUACAGCAAACCAGUGAAAGCAGUCCAAGAUACAGAAGAUGAAGUCAACCAAAAAGUAGUUGAGCAGGAAGUAACUGAAGAAUUGCAGGGAGUAAACUAUGUAUACCAGCAAACUGCAAGGGGUGAAAACGGGAUGAAACAGAAAAUUGCCAAAGAAACUCAUCAGCCUGGGGAGGGAGAGGAUCCUGUGAUAUAUAAUAAGGUAAACAAACAGGAUCAUAUCAAUAAUCAUAAAGAAAAUCAAUUGGUUGGAAAUAAUGAUCAAAACUUUGAUGAGCUGGAAGAAACUGACGGGUUUGUUCUUGAAGAAAAUGGAAAGAUGGAGGCCGAAUUUAGAGACUGUGAAAGGAGAACAGAAGCAAUGGGGCAAGGGGGUGUUGAUGGAAAGUUCAAUGCAUCCAGAACGGUGCCAUGUGACUUAGAAGUUAAAGCUAACCAGUUAAGAAAAGAUGAUAUCUCAGUCUUACGUCAUCAAAAUAAGGGGGUGAAGAAAGCCGAUGAAGCUGUAGUUGGCAUUGGACAAACAAAUGCUGAGAACAUUAACAGCGUCUCGGAAAUGGACUCCAAUAAUGACAAGCAAAGGUUGAAAUCUCCUUAUGAAUGGAGGGAAAGAGCAAGGAAUAUCAAGGAGGCUCAGGUUUCCUCAUCUCUUGAAGAAAACAAGGAUAAGUAUGUGUCAGCUCAAGUGGUGAAUGAGUCUGUUGAAACUGGAAGGAAACCAGAAGCUGCUAAGGCAUCUGUAGAGGAUGGGAAAGGAAGCACUCAGAGAACAGUUCACCAGGUUAAGGUAAGUCAGAAUAUGGAGAGGAAAGACAAGAAUAUUAUUGAGAGCCUUACACCUGAAGAUAAGGAGGCUGAAAGGCUAAAAAGAGAAAGAGAACUGGAACUUGAACGCCUUAGAAAGAUAGAAGAAGAAAUAGAGAGGGAGAGAGAAAGGGAAAAAGAUAGGAUGGCUGUUGACAGCACAGUUCUCGAAGCUCGUGAAAGGGGAUAUGCUGAAGCCCGGGAGAGGUCUGAGAAGGCUGCUCUAGAAAGAGCAACUACUGAAGCUCGUCAAAGAGCAAUGGCAGACGCACGUGAGAGAUUAGAGAAGGCAUUUGCAGAAGCUAGGGAGAAGUCUUCUAUGGAAGCCAGGCUCAGAGCAGAGCGUGCUGCUGUGGAGAGAGCAACUGCUGAGGCUCGAGAGCGUGCGGUGGAGAAAAUAAUGGCUGAAAGGGCUGCUUCUGAGGCGAGAGAGCGAGUAGAACGGUCUAUGUCAGAUAAAUUUUCGACUUCUUCUAGAAACAGUGGAAUGAGAAGCAGCUAUUCAUCCUCUGAUCUGAAGGAUCAGCAUUUUCAGAGCACCAAUUCUUUUGGUGGUUUAAGAUAUCCGUAUGCCUCCGCAUAUAAUGGGGUUGAAGGUGAAUCAGCUCAGAGGUGUAAAGCCAGAUUGGAGAGAUAUCAACGAACAGCUGAACGUGCAGCUAAAGCUCUCGAAGAAAAGAACAUGCGCGAUCUUAUUGCUCAAAGAGAGCAAGCUGAAAGAAAUAGAUUAGCGGAAUCUCUUGAUGCCGAUGUCAAGAGGUGGUCGAGUGGGAAAGAAGGGAACCUUCGUGCAUUGCUUUCAACUUUGCAAUACAUCCUUGGCCCAGAGAGUGGUUGGCAGCCAAUUCCGUUAACCGAAGUUAUAACUUCAGCUGCCGUUAAGAAAGCAUACAGAAAAGCCACUCUUUGCGUCCAUCCCGACAAAUUACAGCAACGAGGUGCAAGCAUUCAUCAGAAAUACAUUUGUGAAAAGGUCUUCGAUCUUCUAAAGGAAGCUUGGAACAGAUUCAAUUCAGAAGAGCGGUAAAAUGCAAUCUUUUUUUUUUUUUUUAAAUACAGUUGCGAAUUGCUUCAUUACAAUUAAACUAUGUUGCUGUAAAUUUUACACUGUUAGCAUAAUAAAUGAUCCUCUUUUUGUCUAUUCUAUAUUUCUACAGCAUGUAAUUGUGUGUAAUUCAACUAUUUAUAAGCCCAAAGAAAUAGAUGAAAAGAUUUUUAGUUAAAAGGCUAUGGAACACGAACUCCAUGUAAUUGUGUAUAAUUCAACUAUUCAUUGGCUGGACAGCUUGCUCCGCCCGACUCGAUACUCGAGUUUGAGAUUUUUUUUAA